CCACAAAGCCCAUUGAAACCAGAACCACACUUCCUCCCAUCGGCGUUUAAACGUGACCGUAGAGAACCGGGACCAGCACGGUGGUUGUUGGAGACGGAAGAGAAUGGUUGGAAGUUCGUUGGGUGGGUUGCAAGAGCACCUCAAGCUAGCCAGAGAGUACGCUCUCGAAGGACAGUAUGACACCUCCAUCAUCUUCUUCGAUGGUGCUGUUGCUCAGAUCAACAAGCACCUGAAUUCUCUUGAUGACCCUUUACUUCGUUCGAAAUGGAUGAAUGUUAAGAAAGCGCUAUCUGAGGAAACAGAAGUAGUAAAGCAGUUAGAUGCAGAGAGAAGUGCUUUUAAAAAUAACCCCAUUGGAAGACGCCCUCCCUCACCUCCGAUAUCUACUAAAUCGUCAUUCGUUUUUCAGCCAUUAGAUGAGUAUCCUACGUCAUCGAGUGGUCCGAUGGAUGAUCCUGAUGUGUGGAGGCCACCUAGUAGAGAUACCAGUAGAAGACCCACAAGGCCUGGCCAAAUGAGUACUCGGAAGUCAGAUGGGGCAUGGGCUCGAGGUGCUACUCCAAGAGGGGGUGCGACUGGGCGUGGUGCAAAGGCCGGUGCAACAAGUAAGGUUAACACAGGGACCCGAGCAUCAACUACCGGAAAGAAAAGUGGUGUUUCUGGGAAGGCUGGCAAGACAGAUUCAGUUAUUAGUGAUGCUGAAGAAAGUAAGUCAAAGAAGUCACAAUAUGAAGGUCCUGAUCCUGAGUUGGCUGAAAUGCUUGAAAGGGAUGUGUUAGAAACCUCUCCUGGAGUGAGAUGGGAGGAUGUCGCUGGGCUUACUGAAGCAAAAAGGCUUCUAGAAGAAGCUGUUGUGCUUCCCCUAUGGAUGCCGGAAUAUUUCCAGGGAAUUAGGAGACCAUGGAAAGGUGUCCUCAUGUUUGGUCCUCCAGGAACUGGGAAGACACUUCUUGCUAAAGCAGUUGCUACUGAAUGUGGGACCACUUUCUUUAAUGUUUCUUCUGCAACUUUGGCUUCUAAAUGGCGUGGAGAGAGUGAGCGCAUGGUGCGGUGUUUGUUUGAUCUUGCAAGAGCAUAUGCACCAAGUACAAUUUUCAUUGACGAAAUUGAUUCUCUGUGCAAUUCUAGGGGGGCAUCUGGAGAGCACGAAUCAUCCAGAAGGGUGAAAUCUGAACUUCUAGUUCAGGUUGAUGGUGUAAGCAAUACUGCCACAAAUGAAGAUGGAAGCCGUAAAAUAGUAAUGGUCUUGGCAGCUACUAACUUCCCAUGGGACAUAGAUGAGGCACUGAGGAGAAGGCUGGAAAAGCGUAUAUAUAUUCCUCUUCCAAAUUUUGAGAGUCGUAAAGAGCUGAUCCGAAUUAAUUUGAAGACUGUUGAGGUGGCCCCUGAUGUCAAUAUAGAUGAAGUGGCUCGCCGGACAGAUGGCUAUAGUGGAGAUGAUUUGACAAAUGUCUGUCGUGAUGCUUCCUUGAAUGGUAUGAGACGUAAAAUAGCAGGAAAGACUCGUGAUGAAAUCAAGAACAUGUCGAAGGAUGAUAUUUCAAAGGAUCCUGUUGCCAUGUGCGAUUUUGAAGAAGCUUUGGUAAAGGUCCAACGAAGUGUUUCUCAGGCUGACAUUGAACGCCAUGAGAAGUGGUUUCAUGAAUUUGGAUCAGCUUAAAGAGACUUGGGAACGCCAACGACGGUAGUUUUGUUUUUAAUUUUGUACUACCACUUUGGUUCUUUGUUGGGUGAGUUGUUUGUGUCUAUUGUUUGUUGAUAUUUCAUAUGUUCCUUGAGGGGGUUCAUUGGAGUAUUAUGUUGUUGGAGGGAUCUUCAAUUGUUAAUCUGUAUCUGUGAACUUUGAAUAUCAAUGUAAUGUAAUCUAUAUGCUACUUUGAAUGC